GAAAGUGGCGCUUGCUUCUAUUAAUCCUCGUCUGCGAUCUCCGUCCAUCCAGUCGUCUCGGAGCAGCCACGGGAUCGCGAGCGGCGUAGAUCUGCGCGUCAGGAGAUGAAGAUUACGGCGCUCCUUGUGCUGAAGCCGUCUACGUCCGGCGCCGGGAGCUCCUCGUCCGGCGGCGGGUCGGGCCCAGAGGCGGUGGUGCUCGCGAACGCGACGGACGUGAGCCACUUCGGCUACUUCCAGCGCAGCGCCGCCCGCGAGUUCAUCGUCUUCGUCGCCCGAACCGUCGCGCAGCGCACCCAGCCUGGCCAGCGUCAGUCCGUCCAGCACGAAGAAUACAAGGUCCAUUCACACAACAGAAAUGGUCUUUGUGCGGUGGCAUUCAUGGACGAUCACUAUCCUGUACGAAGUGCAUUUUCUCUUCUGAAUAAGGUUCUUGAUGAGUACCAGAAGGAUUUUGGGGACUCCUGGAAAUCUGCUACUGCAGAUGGAACUCAACAGUGGCCUUUCCUCACGGAUGCUUUGACAAAAUUUCAGGACCCUGCAGAAGCUGACAAAUUAAUGAAAAUCCAGAGGGACUUGGAUGAAACAAAAAUCAUCCUACAUAAAACUAUUGAGAGUGUCCUUGCCAGAGGAGAGAGACUGGAUAGCUUGGUCGAGAAAAGCUCUGACCUGAGUGCUGCUUCACAGAUGUUCUACAAGCAGGCAAAGAAGACAAACCAGUGUUGUACUAUACUUUAAACUCUGCCCCAUGUAUCAUUGUUGCAAAGUGCCAGAUGCAAAGACAAUCUAUAUUGUACGAAUGUACUGUGAGUUAAAUUCCCCAUGAAGUGUGGUUGGCUCGAAGUUGAUGUUGGUGGGUUGAUGUUAGGGAGGCGGUGAUUUUUCUUGAAUCUCUGGAAUUGAGUUGUUUCCAUGUGAAAAUCGCUGUGUUGUAAUCAAGCUCUGUACCAUCAUUCUUUGGUGAUUAUGCAACCUCUGUACCCACUAACAUCAUUUAUUGUACGAUAAGGCUUGCCUCAGAAUUCAUCAACAUCUUUGUUUCCCUUGCUUUGAUUGUUGAA